AGCGCAGCAUUGGCGGCCCAGGCUUGUGCUGGCGGCUUCUGACCUGUAGGGGGCCCUUUGUGUUGGAAGUUGUCCACAGGAGCUUGAAACUCUGCUGAGUGCUGGUGGCUGUCGGGGCUCGUUUAGCCAGCCAGCCAUUCUCUCUUAACAGUGGUGGGGAUGUUAAACAGGAGCCGGAGGUGCGAGCUACUCUUUUCGGUGACCGCCGGGACGGAAGAGCGGACUCUCUGCUUCUCCGCAGCAGCCCUGAGAGGGGCCGCUGUGCUUUAAAAACGGGGGCCGUGGAUAGGCAGCAAGGAGAGGCGCAUGGGAAGGGAGGCACCAUGAGCUUAGCCGAUCUUAAGAAGCCACCUGUGGCCCCCAAACCAAAAUUUGUUAUAGUACCCAAGGUCAUGCCACCUCCUGUUGCACCUAAACCAGAUGUUGUUCUUGCUAACAUUAUACAACCUACAAGGAAGACAAAACCAGCAAUAGCCCCAAAGCCAAAGGUUAUCAAGUGCUCAUCUGUUCCUGAGACUAGAAUUGUGCCACCAUCUUUAAGGAAAAAUUCUAAGAGUUUAGAAGAACUCAAGGAAGACUCUUCUGAAUACUUGGUUCAUUUAAAUUACAAAAAUGGAACUCCAAGAGACAAUACUGCUUAUAUUAUAUCAGUAUGUUCAUGCAAUUUUGAAUGCAUUCAUAAAUUUGGGAAUGGGGAGAAUAUAUGCAAAAAUCCAACAAUUUUUGAACAGUUGGAAAACCUAGAGAACAUAGGUAUAGAUGAACAACCAGCAUCAUCUUUGAAACCAAGGGCAGUACUUGAUAGCCAUAAUGAAAACAUAGUAAAUAAAAACAGGGUUGUCUUCAAGGCUAAUUUUCUAGAGGAAAAACUCAAAGAUGUACUGACGCAAAAUGUUUUCCCCAGUAGCAGCUGUUUGAGACAGAGACCUUUGGGUAAACUUGAAAAAGGUAACUUGAGUAAUUCUAACAAUGAUAUUAAAAUAGAAUUUACUGACAUUGUCCAGUCUUCAUGCAUUUCUGGGGAAGUUACAGGCAACCCAAACAGCCAUACAAAGAUAGCUGGUGUUGUGUCCGAAAUGUCAGAAACUCCUCCUCUUCUGACUGAAAGAAUCGACAAUAGCUUUUGCUCAUUGGACCAAACAGCUCUGGAUGAUGCAAAUGCUGGUGAUUUGCAUCUAGGUAUCCAAACAAAAGGAGAGAAUGAAUCUGUAUCUUCUUUUGGAACAGGCUCAACACCAGCACCCAAAGCUCACCCAGUCCCGAAACCAAGAAAGCUCCGUGCACAGUGCCUAGUCCGGCAAGAUGGUGUAGAUAUCCCAGGGGAAGGAAUGAAAGAACUAAUUGCUUCAGAGUUUGAUUCUUUGGUGCAUUCUGAGUGUGCCCUUAGAAAAACAAAAAUCAAUGUGCUUUUUCAAAGUGUUUCUUAUAAUAAUCAAGAACUUAUACCCACAGCAGAUAAAUCUGUGAUUAAUUCAUAUGUUCCUGAAAAAAUACAUCCGACAAUGGAACCUACUGAUUCCCUGCUCUCGCAAAACCUCUUGCCUCAGAUUCCACAUGAAACUUCUCACCUGGUAGAAAAUGUUGAACAUUCUUUAGACCGUAACUCGAUACAUUCUGCUGAUGAUAUAAUGGAAAAUAUUAGUAUGUUGGCUGAUGAAAAGACUGGCUUUAUAAGGUGUAAUAAUCUUUCUAUGAGCUUGCCUAAGCAAUUAAAGUUAUCAUGCAAUCAGCAUUUGCCUGCCUCUGACAGUCUUGUUGAUUCUGCACAAAAUAAGGAAGCUACAAAUCCUCACUUAAAAUGUGAAAGCUCACCAAGAAUUGUUCCAAAAAAACCCCAAAGGCAGAGUCUCCCUGCAGCUGGGCUGUUAAAAAAAGCUGCAUCAGAGGAACUUAUAGAAAAAAGUACUUAUCUUUCUAAGGAAGAGUCUCAUUCAGAGACUCCCAUGGAGAGACCUCGUAUAAGGCAUUUGUCAGCCAAUGAACGAAGUACAUUGCUGUUGUGUGAUACUCCAAAAUCCUCUUCAGAGAAGCCUAUCUGGAAAUUACCUCACCCUAUUCUUCCAUUUUCAGGCAAUCCAGAAGCCUUAAAAAACACCAAGAAUCAAAAGAACUCUGAACUUACAUCUGUGACAAAACCUCGAGCCAAAUCCUUGUCUUCUGUAGACAUGGAGAGAAUACAUAAGCCUCCAAAAGAGCCACAAAAGAAAAAUUCAUUAAAAAAAUUCCUAAACAUGAAAUUGUCUGUGUGCAUAAUGAAAAGUGACUUGCAGAGAUUUUGGACUAGGGGAAGCCAGUCUAUGGAUAAUGCCUCUGUUGCUUUUUCUAGUGGGGAAGGGCCUAACAAAAAUCGGAAUACAACUUGCACAACAAAUGGAAGGAAAGCUAAGCCCUCUAAGGCACAUUCUGCAGAAAUAAGCAGCCUGUCCUCACAAAAGGGAAAGCAAAGAUCCAGGGAUCAGUGUGAAAUGACAAACAGUCAAAGAUCACAGUCGUUAGAUGAACAAAAAUUCUCAUUGCAAGGACAUUUGAGUUCUCUUACUCAUGACUAUUCUCCAGAAUAUGAAAAUGUGAGUCACUAUGAGGAAAUCCCAGAGUAUGAGAACUUGCCUUUUGUGUCCACUGAUAAAAACCCAUGGCACAAUUCUAAUCACAUUGAGAACCAUGACACUAAUGUAUAUGAGGUAGAAGAACUAUAUGAAGCCACAAGAUGCUGUUCAGAGUUUAACAGAUCCUUGGCAGAGGAACUUGAUGGUUCUGAUUUGGUGCUAGAAGAUGUUCAGUCAGAUGAUGAGAUGAUACUGAGAGAUGUGAACAGCUCUGAUGAAGAUGAUGAUACCAAUUCCGAUUCUAGCAAAGGGGAGCUUGAUAUACAAGACAAUAAGCAGAUUAAAGCAGCUGGGAAGGAAACAAAGGUUUACCAUAUUGCUAAAGAAAUCAUGAGCUCAGAGAAAGUGUUUGUAGACGUCUUAAAGCUCUUGCACAUUGAUUUCCGGGACUCAGUGGCACAUGCUUCCAGGCAGCUUGGCAAGCCAGUAAUUGAGGACAGGAUCCUGAAUCAGAUCCUGUACUAUCUACCUCAGCUGUAUGAGCUUAAUCGGGACCUCUUGAGAGAGCUAGAGGAGCGGCUGUCUCACUGGAUUGACCAUCAGAGGAUAGCUGAUAUAUUUGUGAAAAAGGGGCCUUACUUGAAGAUGUAUUCAACAUACAUCAAAGAAUUCGAUAAGAAUGUUGCCCUUUUGGAUGAGCAAUGCAAGAAGAACCCUGGGUUUGCUACUGUUGUCCGAGAUUUUGAGAUGAGCCCCCGCUGUGCUAGCUUGGCACUCAAACACUAUUUGCUCAAGCCAGUUCAGAGAAUCCCCCAGUACAGGCUGCUUUUGACAGAUUAUUUGAAGAACCUUUUAGAAGAUUCAACAGACUUCAAAGAUACUCAGGAUGCUCUUGCGGUUGUCAUAGAAGUAGCCAACCAUGCCAAUGACAUUAUGAAACAAGGGGAUAACUUCCAGAAGCUUAUGCAAAUCCAGUACAGUUUAAAUGGUCAUCAUGAGAUUGUACAGCCAGGAAGGGUCUUUCUGAAAGAAGGAACACUAAUGAAGCUCUCCAGGAAGGUCAUGCAGCCACGAAUGUUUUUCCUGUUCAAUGAUGCUCUGCUAUAUACAACUCCUGUACAGUCUGGAAUGUAUAAACUCAACAACAUGCUGUCACUGGCUGGAAUGAAAGUUAGAAAGCCAACCCAUGAAGCUUACCAGAAUGAACUCAACAUAGAAAGUGUAGAGCGAUCCUUCAUUCUGUCAGCAAGUUCUGCAAUGGAACGUGAUGGAUGGCUGGAAGCCAUCUCAAGGUCAAUUGAAGAAUAUACAAAGAAACGAAUAACUUUUAACCCUAGUAAAAGUCUGGAAGAGGCAGAUCCUGAGAAAGAGGAAGAAGAUAAUCCUAUAGGGUCAAAGGCUCCCAUCUGGAUACCUGACACUAGAGCUACCAUGUGUAUGAUCUGUACUAGCGAGUUUACACUGACAUGGAGAAGGCACCACUGCCGAGCAUGUGGGAAGGUAAUCUGCCAGGCUUGUUCAUCAAAUAAACAUGGGUUAGACUACAUGAAAAACCAGCCUGCAAGAGUUUGUGAUCAUUGCUUUAAAGAGCUGCAGAAACAAGAUACCCUUUGCACUCCUUCCAAAAACGGGUCUCCAAUAAAUCACAGAUCUCCAUCCAGUGCCUUGUCUACAGUGUUGCAUAGUAUCCCAUCUGGAAGAAAGCAGAAAAAGAUCCCAGCUGCUCUCAAGGAAGUAUCAGCAAGUACAGAAGAUUCUUCAAUGAGUGGCUAUUUAUUCAGAUCAAAGGGCAACAAGAAACCAUGGAAACACCUAUGGUUUGUGAUAAAGAAUAAGGUGUUAUACACAUACGCUGCUAGUGAGGAUGUAGCUGCUUUGGAGAGCCAGCCGUUACUGGGAUUUGCGGUUGUUGAAGUCAAAGAUGAAAAUUUGGAAUCUAAAGUAUUCCAUUUGUUGCACAAAAAUACUUUAUUUUAUAUAUUCAAAGCAGAGGACCCCCAUUCAACACAGAAGUGGAUAGAAGCUUUUCAAGAAGCCACAAUAUUGUAGCAUGGCUGAUGGCAUCCUUUGUUGUUUAAAGGAAGAAAAAAAGUCAGAUGACAAAGUGAACACUACAGUUCUGUUUAUCAAAAAGUCAUAGAAUUUUGCAAGCAUUAAUCUAAGCAAAUUUGGUUAGGCGCAAUAAUUUUUAAAGAAAUUUGUAUACUUGUCUUUUUGUCAUACAAAAAGUGUUAUUUAUUAAAUGCUACCACUCUUUUAAUGGUCAGAAUUAUCUCUGAAAUUCACAUUGAAUUCCAAAGUGUCCUUGACUUUAGAAGAAAACUUUGUUAGAAAGCAAUUAGGAAUUCCUUUAUUAGGAAGCUCUUUGAUUAGCUGCAGCAUUGCUGUGGGUGCAGUUUCAGACCUGGUGUUUAAUGUUGAUUGUCGGAAGUGAGAAGUACAAGACAUUUUAGCAGGCUGUCGGAUAUAUUCUUGCAGUUUUCAUCUGUCAUAAUUUGACUGAAAGGCUGUGUGAUCUCUUUCAGUGCAAAGUAGAUUAAUAAUUUACCAAAAUAUAUGUUAUAUAUGUUAUACCUACAUAUACAAAAAUUAAUGAACCCUUAAAACUUGCACAUGUGUAGCUAAGCCAGAUCAAGUGCACGUUAGAUAUGUAUUUGUGUUCACAAGUGGUUUCUGAAUGGCACAAUGAGGUGAUAGUUUUGCUUAUAUUAAUUUAGACUUUUUGAAGUGAAAACAGCAUAUGUAAACAUUUCCCCUGGAAUUAAAACUCUAAUUUUUUUUAA